AUGCCCAGCAAAGACAAGAACAAGCGUCAGAUGAAUGAGCACCUGAUCCGCGACGUCAACAACUUCAACGCUCUCCAGCUCGACCUCAACCAAGAUGAAAUUCUCAUGAUUCGCAACACCAUUCUCGAAGCAGCCAAAGCAGAGAGACGUCGGGAGGAUGAGGAGAAAUUGAGGCAGAAGUCACCGUCAGAGGUUGCCAAAGCGAGAAGGAAGAUGGAGAAGAAUCGGGAGGCCGAGGACGAAUGGUCUUUGGCGAACAAGGCGUUUCCAAAUGGUGUUCCGCAGAGGUGGGCCGUUACAGCAAUGCUCCCAGUCGUGGAGGUCAUGUUCAACAUGCCACCAUCUGACGACGAUAAUGAUCGUCGACAGCUGGCGAGGAAGUUGGCCAAAGUCAUCCUCAGCUCCUUCGACAGAUGUGCCAAUUGGAGCACCAUUGAGCACCUCCGUGAUGAGAUGGCGCAGUCCCACGAGGAGAAGACGGAGCAAGUCAGCGACGAAGACGUUGAAAUGAACGAUGCGGUGCCAUACGACCAGAACGAGCCUCCGACAUCCAGAUACGCCGUCCCCAGGCCCAGCCACCUUGUCGGACCCGCACCACCACUGCCCGAUGCCGGAAAGACCAGACACUCCCGCAAGACUUCGCGCGCAGAUGCUGCCCUUCCAUCUGACAACACCAUUGCCGCCUUCAUCAACAAGCAGAGCAAAGGCAAGGAACCCGCUCAUCCAACCUUGGAGUCGCCCUUCCACGCCGUCUCCUCUCCUUCCGCUGUACGCCAGGCUAAGAAGCCGACUUCUCGUGAGGAGGAAGCGGUUCCUGAGACUCCGCCGCAGAAGGCGGGCAAGAAGCGCCAGAAGAAGAAGGGCAAGAAGCAAGAGAUCAAGAAGGAGAAGAGUGAGGGCUCGGACUUGUGA